GGACAAUGUUGAGAUUCAGCGUACAUGUUUGGAUGUUAUGGUUUCUUUGUGCAGGCACUUUCUCUGAUGAGGACAUCAAUGGAUGUGAACAGCAGCCAUGCCAAAACGGUGGCGUAUGUGAGAGUCACAAUGGAGGUUUCAGAUGCCUUUGCUCCCAGCAGAGCCAAAGUGGGCGCCUCUAUGGGGGGGAGACCUGCACAAUUGCACUUUCAGGCUGUGAUGACAACCAAUGCGAGAAUGGAGGAAUAUGCUCCCCCUUAUUUGUAAAUGAUGAGCACACUUAUACAUGCAUCUGCCUUGCUGGCUUUACAGGCCCUAAAUGCGAGACCACCACCGUCUUUUCAUUUGAGUCUAGAGGCUACAUGUACAUAGAGACUCAGCUCUUAGACCCAGAGGCCCCUCUUAAUGUGACAUUCAGCUUCAGGACAGAAAGACCUGUCGGCACCCUCCUGCAGCGUAGAGUGGAUGACCUGCUUCUCAGCAUUGAGCUGAUGGAUGGAAAACUUUGCCUCCGCAGUCUGAGAGGCCAAGGGUCCAGCACACUGGUUCAGGAGCUCCCAGAGUACAUGUCCAACAACAAGUGGCACACGGUGGAGGCGUCACUGGGCGGCGUGGUCAGCCUCAUCAGGCUGCUCUGUACUGAAGGAAGCUGCACCAUGGACACCAGCGCUGAAGUCCAGCUGUUUGAGCAAACCUCUGCUGCUCUCCCCCAGCCAGGAACAGUUCAUCAAAGUCUCUUCAUAGGAGCAGUUGGGGUUAACUGGGGCCUUGGCAGAGCAGUGGAUGAAGCAGACUACCUGCCUGCUUUUGUGGGCUGCUUCAGAGAUGUGUUUGUGGACUCACGUCUGGUGGUGCCUGUUAUAGAGGCAGAAGAUUCAGAUGUCCAGGCAAACAUCACUGUGGGAUGCAGCGACAAAGACAAGUGCGAUGACAGCCCAUGUCAGAACCGAGGGCGCUGUGUGAGCCAGGGCUGGAGGAGCUACAUGUGUGAGUGUCUCAGACCGUAUGAGGGCACCAACUGUGCAGAGGAGUAUAUCACUGCAAGGUUUGGAAGCAAAGACUUGGAGAGUUAUGCUGUCUUCUCAUUAGACGAUGACCCAGAUGAUACUGUGACCAUAUCCAUGUUCAUUCGCACCAGACAGUCCAGCAGCCUCCUCCUCAUCCUGGCCAACAGCACCAGCCAGUACCUCCGCCUCUGGCUUGAGAAGGGCAGGGUCAAAGUUCAGGUGAACAACUUUGAGACCCUGGUUGGCCAUGGUGUGGUCACUGACGGCCAUUUCCACCUGGUGACUGUGAAGCUGGAGGGAAUGGCAGCUAUUUUGCUCCAGUCAGCCCAGAGCCAGGGCUCUAUGCCCAUUAGGCAGAUCCAAGCCCAUUCUGGUGAUCUGGUCUUUGUUGGGGGGCUACCAGACCCAAGGGCCUCUGCUUCAUUUGGUGGCUACUUUAAGGGAUGCAUCCAGGAUCUGAGGAUUAACAGCAAACGACUGCAGUUUUAUCCCAUGAAAACUUCAGUGGAAUCUUACAACCUGGAGAAACUCAUCAACAUCGAACAAGGAUGCAGCAGUGACAAUGCCUGUGCUGUUAACCCCUGUCUCAAUGCUGGAGUGUGUUACUCCAUGUGGGACGACUUCAUCUGUAACUGCCCCCCCAACACUGCAGGCCAGCGCUGUGAGGAGGUGAAAUGGUGUGAGCUGUCUCCCUGCCCUGCCACUGCUGUGUGCCAGCCCCGCCCACAGGGCUUUGAAUGUUUAUCUAAUGUGACAUUUCGGGCUGAGAGUGAAGUUUUGCUCUAUCGGAGCAAUGGGAAGAUUAAGCGCAGCCUCACCAGUGUCUCCCUCAGCUUCCGCACAAGACAGUUUGCUGCCACCAUACUGCAUGCACAAAAGGGCUCAGCCUACCUCACCAUCUCCCUCCAGGACUCUCAUGUGGUCAUGGAGCACCAGGCUAGUGUUGACAAGGAUUCCCUCAAGAUGACUGUACAGAGCCAGGGUUCAGUCAGUGAUGGAGAGUGGCACAUUGUGGAGCUCAGUAUGGACAACCAGACCUCCCGGUGGAUCAUGGCUGUGGAUAGAGGUAAAGAGGAGGUGUCCAAGAUAACUGCUGGGAACCUGGAUUUUCUUAGGGAUGGAGUAGACAUCUUCCUCGGGGGCCUGGAUGCUACAGUGAGCUUGUCUGGGUGUCUGGGCCCUGUGGAGGUUGGAGGCCUUCUUCUUCCUUUCCACUUGGACACAGAGCUGAACCUCCCCAGACCUCAGGAGGAGCAGUUUGCGAGGAUAAACAUCAAUGCUGCCCCGCGAUACGGCUGCUGGGGAGCCAAUGUGUGUGCGGCCAACCCCUGUCAGAACGAGGGUGCGUGUGAGGACCUGUUCGACCUGCCUCACUGCAUGUGUCCCUCCGAGUGGACAGGGCCGCUAUGCCAAGACCCGACAGACAAGUGCGCCUCCAGCCCCUGCAUCUACGGUGACUGCACCAACCUAUCUGACGGAUACAAAUGUGUGUGUGAGCAGGGGUACACUGGUGAACAGUGUGAGACAGAAGUUGAUUUGUGUGAAAAUAGCAAUUGCAGCAGUGGUGCCACGUGCCUCAAAGGUUUCCAAAGCUACACAUGCCUCUGCCCCCAGAAUCUGACAGGCCAAUACUGCGAUGAGAAGAUUCCUGAGAUCCCAUGGUACAUUGAGACAAACCCACUUCCUCGGUUGCCUGUAUCUACGUGCAUGGGAACAAGAUGGAACUACAGCUGCUUUAAUGGAGGGAACUGUUCUGAAGCAGACGCCUGCUACUGCCUGCCUGGUUUCACAGGACAGUGGUGUGAGAAGGAUGUGGAUGAAUGUGCCUCGGAGCCGUGUCUGAACGGAGGCUUCUGUAUCAAUUACGUGAACAGUUUUGAGUGUGUGUGUGAUAUGAAUUACUCAGGGAUACACUGCCAAAUGGAUGUCAGUGACUUCUACUUGUACAUCUUCUUGGGCCUGUGGCAGAACCUGUUCCAGCUGAUGUCCUACCUUAUCAUACGCCUCGAUGAUGAGCCAGAAAUUGAGUGGGGAUUCCACGUCAAUGAUUAGGACUCCUGCUGGGAUAGUGUGAUCAAACUGGACUAUAAAUCUGGAUAAGGUGUUACACUGAAUUACAUUUUUAAAAAUGUCAAUACACAGAAAUGAUUUGUUGUAAACUGCACAUGGUACAUCAAUAGGCCCAUUACACCAAAAAAUACCAAAAGGACAAAAGAACUAAAACAACUGCUGGUGAAUCCAGAUUUUUGGGGACAGACCACUUGUUUACUGCUGCAUAGGUUAUCAUUAAUCCUCUUUGACAGUAAACCAAGAGGCUAUGUAUUGGUUCUAAAAACUGGUGUAAAACUAGUUCCCUAUGUGCACACAUCCAGUGCCACUCCAUUAUAUGAGUCAGAUUGUUCUGACCAGUUUUCUUGAUAGUCUUACACCAAGGACAGUUGUUGUGCUCUCAGCUCUAUAAAGAACCAUUAACACAAGAACUAAAAUUGUUUAAUAAUUUUCUUUUGUAUUAUUAAAAAAACAAGAGAGACAGGAAAAAGUUGCAUUUUGUGCAAUAAAUAUAUAUUAUCUGUGAAACUGUAACUCAUAAUAACUAGUGUACUGACAAGGUCAGUAGAAAUGUGUCUGUUGUGAACAGAUUUAUGCGAUUGAAUGUUACAUAUUGCACCAUAUUUCACUCAGUAUAAUAAUGCAUUUUAUCUGGUUCUCAUACUGAAAACCACACGUUAGAGAGAGUUCCUCUUGUGCCUUAAAUCUCCACCUUUUAUCCUGAGCACUGCUUUCUAAUCAGUGCAUGUCUUAUAACUGUUCAGGGACACGUUCACAUACAGUUAUAAUCCACUGGAGAUUAAUAAAAUAUCUGUCUAUAGCUAGAAAGUCAUUUAUUCACUCUAUGAUAAAUUGAUGAAGGCAAU